AUGGAUGGAAAUAUAGGGUGUAAGAGCUAUCUCGUCGAAGAUCGGAACCCGAGUUCUCCUUAUGAGCUUCGCAUCUUUCGUUGUUGGAUGGCAUUAACAAGUUACCAAGAAAACCCGUCUGGGAAGGAAGAAAGGGAACGCGUGACCACAGAAGGAAAGAACAGAGAACGAGAGUUAUUGCCAAUUUUGGCAAGGUAUAGUGACGCUAGGCGUGCUACGAUUUUGUGGAGAAAUUCUGAUUGCAACUGA